CAAUCUUUUACGUACCUGACGAAAGCCUUCCGAUCAUUUGUAUUCGCUUUUUACGACUUUCUUCAUUCAGUACAUCCCUCAUGAGUUUCAUAGCACUAUCUCGCGUCGCAUCGCGAAAGUUUAUCAAAGAGCACGGAAGAAAGAUUGCAGUGCAUUAUGUCCAAGUUCCAGUGGCAAUCAUCAUUUUGUUGUUCUUUGCUUACCUCGUGGAUUUAAUUAUCAAUCUACUUCCAUUCACCUUUCCAUCUUCGGCAGUCUUCAUGAUCAUCUUGUUCUUCUUCAUGAUCAUAAUCCAUCGACUUUCACCUAAUAAGUUAUCAAAAUGGCAUCAUGCUCUUUUCGGUCCAGCUGCAGAUUGGGUGUUAGGCAACAUGGGUCUAUUCUUCACGACCUCUUUUAUCCUGAUUCCGUUGCGAGAAACCAUCCCAGGAAAGGAGAUUGGCUUGAUCGUCGCACUCUUUGGCCCUUCCUUCUUGGCGACCUGGGUAGGAACAGUUGGGAUUUGUAAAGCCCUGAAUUUUUUUUGGUCUACGGAGAAACCAGAACCUCAAGCACAGUCUGAUCUUGAGAAGGCGAAUGGUGCUGAGAACGAUCAAAGAUCUCAAAUCACACCCGCCACCACUCAACUCCAUACUUUGAGCGGAGCGAACGGAGAGAAUAGUGUGCCCGCAACCGGGGGCCAGACCUUGGAUCUCACUAUGAGUAUGACGAUGACGAUGACGAUGGACGCAAAUGGAAUCGAUGAUGGGAAUAAUCUCGAGACAGGAAAGCUUCCCGGUGAAAAAGGUUGCACAGAUUCAGAAAGUCCAGAAGAUGUAUUGGUUCGAAGGAUGGCAGCUUGGUUCGACCCGAUGGUUUAUUUCAUCGUCUUCCUCAUUGGAAUCCCACUUUUCUUUACAACUGGAGGUGAAAAACGUAGUCUGCCUUUAUUUCUUGGUACAGUUGUCUUGUCUUGGAUCUUCAGUCGAAGAGUGAUUCCUCGACCAUGGCAAAAGGUCUUACAUCCGAUCUUAGUCACGAGUGGGAUUACAAUCUUGUUCAUUUUUAUCUUUGGUGCCAUCAAGGGCUUAUCGCUCGUCUCUGCUUUGGAUGACUACUCGAACGGUAGUACGUAUAUUGUCUUGUUCAGGAGGUCAAGAGGUUACAAUGGGAGUCCACCUGGCUCCGGAGAUGUCAUGUCCACUAUUCUUGUCGCCGGAAUUGUUUGUUUAGCUUUCCCACUGUUUAAAUAUCGAAGCGACUUAUUUUCAAAUUUCUUUAAGAUCUUAGCUGUCCUUAUUCCUAAUUGUGUGGUCUCAUUACUGUUAUGGUGUUACUUGGCUCGUGUGAUGGGCAUUGAGGGAGAUCGAGGGAUCACAUUUGCUGCUCGAUUUAUGUCAACGCCUUUUGGGAUCGAAUUCAUCAAUGCUACUGGAGGUGAUGAAACCUUGGUGGUAGUCUUCAUUUGCGUCACUGGGAUCUUGGCGGUACUUGUUCGUGAUUACCUUUUCAAGUUACUCAGAGUUCGAAUGACGGUAGGCUCUGAUGAUUAUUUCACGGUCGGAAUGACCAUUGGAGUCAUUGCUGGAGCGAUUGGGACGUCUAGUUUAUUCAACACUCAUCCUCGAGCCGCUGCAACUGCUACAGUUUCCUUUGUACUUUAUGGGAUCAUCUUACUUUCACUUGUAGCUGUACCUACGAUUGCUAAUUAUACUGCUAAACUAGCUGGGAUGUAAACGUGUUUGGAUCUGUUUUCUGUGGCAUGUGUUUCCUGUCUCUACAUAUCUAUCUAUUUAUCUAUAUAUAUAUUGCAUCUGUGUAUUUGUAUGUUCCAGAGUCAUUGAAGCUUAUCUUGUUGACUCUGGUCAGUCUAACUAGAAUCACUAUAUCUGUAUAUAUAUGUAAUCUUUAUCAUAUUAUUUUAAGUAUUUAAUAUGCAUUUAAAAAUCAUCAUCUUCAGAAUCAUAUCAUGUUUUAG